GCUAACGAAGCUAUCGGAUUCGGAAUCACAGUGCGCGGAAAGAGAUGCAUAGUUCGGAGACUGAUCAAAGAAAUCACCAGAUGCAACAAAUGCCAGCUCAUUGGCAGACACUUUGCGGCGCAGUGCCAGUCAGUACACGACACCUGUGGAACAUGCGGCAGCAUCGAACACGCCACGAAGGCUUGCGACCUCGCCAACGAUCGCGAGAAGCACUACUGCGUCAACUGCCGAACAAAAGGACACGCGUCAUGGAGCCACGACUGCCCGACCUUCAAAGCUAAGAACCGGGAAUACCAAGCACGGAACACUGAAAACGAUUACAGGUUCUUCGUCACCGACACUCCGGAUACGUGGGAGCGCAAUCAC